AUGGCACAUCUCCACCUCGGCGCACUCUAUGAAGAGCUCCAAGAGACCGACAGCAUGUCGCUCGCCCAUGAAGAGUAUCAGCAGGCCAUCAUUGUCUUUCCCUACAGCUCCAAGAUCAAUCUGCGUGUCUCCAAGCUGAUCCGCGAGUCCGCCACAUCGCAGGAGGAGCUCAACUCGAUCGAAACCCAUUUGAGGGCCGCCAUCGAGGCAGCCGACAUUUUGAUUGAGGCUCAAAAGGAACAGCGCCUCUCGAUGAUCGGCAUCGGAAAGUCGCUCGAGUCUGUCGACGACGGCAAGUGGGUCUUUGAGCCCUCAUGUUACGAGGAAAUCGAGGCCGGCAAGGAAGCCAGUCAGUUCCUGUUGCUGUUCCUGUGCCAGGAGGGACGAGACAACGACGCCGAGCCGAUUCUCAAGCAGCUGGGAUACUCCUGGCGGCUCUCCCCGCACGCCUUGCACUAUAAUCCGCAUCCAGUCAGGGGCCCCUGGAAGAAUGAUGUGGACUAUGUUCGAGUCUGGGACGACGCUCUGCCGCCCGAGAUGCUUGCUCAUCUGCAAUCAACCUUUGGGAUCAACUCGGUCUUCUGGAAAGAACAUCACUACUCGCCCCUUUCGCCAUACUUUUCCUAUGUACAUGCCCUGAGUCCGUCUCCGGGCCAGCAAGCCACCUACCUCGACACCAUCAUCCACCAACUGCAUGCUCUCGCCACCGAGCUCUACCCGGAAGCCGCCAAAGCCAAGUACGCCGAGUGGUGGGCGCACUGCCGCCCGCAUUCGCACGGCCAUCAGCUUCAUUUUGACUCUGACGACGAGGGCCGACGACGCGAAGGCGGCAAGCCACGGCACCCGAUCGUGAGCAGUGUCUGCUAUCUAACCGAAGGCAUCGGUGGUCCGACCCUAGUGACCAACCAGCGGCUUGGUGAUCCUCUGGCAGACAAAGCCUGGCUGGCCUUCCCGAAGCUCAAUCGGUAUACCGUCUUUGAUGGCAGCGUGCUUCACGGUGUUAUCCCGGGCAGGAGUUUUCGGACGAACCCAGACGAACGGCGCAUUACAUUCAUGGUCGCCUUUUGGGAAUCAGUCGAAGUCAUUCCCAGUAAAGAGGAGAUUCCCGGGAGUGCUCGACCAUUCCCGGAUCUGGGCCGCACAAAGUAUACGUGGCCGAUGCUCCACCAGCUCAAAAGCAAAGGCAAGUCCGCCAAACCCGGUCACCCCGAGCCAAAGAUAGCGAUCCCGACUCCAAUUGAGUCUGUUUGGGAGCAGGUGUCAACCCGCCACAGCGUUCCGGUCAAGAUUGUCGAGGAGGAUUUCUCAGAACCGAACAGCUACGAUGACAACGAAAGCAAAGACGAAAAUGGGGGCCGCGACAGUGUAUCCGGCGUGUAUCAAAAGGUAGAUGCGCCACUGCCACGAUAUAACCAGUGCUUCCAGGGAUUCUGA